CUCGAAAGGAAAAUUUCUAUCACCGGCUACUUAUUAACUAUCUGUGGGCCUGACAGAGCUCCCUCCGUUCUGGAGCUUAGGCGCCGCCAAGGUACAAUUAUAUUCUUAGAACAUUGACAGGCUGAUAAGGCUUUGGGGGCCAGAAGGUCAAAUUCUGCUCGUGUGCCAGCAGAAUUUUUCACCUCCGCCCUUCUAUCUAACGGACGGGAUCUUUCCCAUAAGCGCAAGCACAAAACUCUCACCACUUGGGUACUGAGAAGUUCUGCUGCGAGACUGAUUCCUCGUUGUCUAUACGGGCAUCAUGUCAAAAAACUAUCAAUGGGAGGAAAAGGAUCCGUACAUCCCCUACGAUCCCAGUCCUAAUCCAUAUGCCGGCGAGAAUGGCGCAACCGGCGUCUACGGAGGAGGAAGAGAGGGAUUCACUGCUGAAGGAGAUCACGAAGAUGCGAUCAUGGAGAAGUCUGGUCUCCAUCGAUUCUUUAGAAAACUCUUUGAUCAUGGUGUAGAAGCUAGAGGUAUCGAGCGAGUACCAGAGGAAGAACGAGAUGGAACGCACACGAUCGGAUUGUUGCUCCUUUGGUGGAGUGUCAACAGUGUCGUCUCCACAGUGCCUAUCGGACUUCUCGCCCAACCCUUCUACGGUCUUUCAUUCAAAUCCGCGGUCGCUUGUAUUGUCACCUUCACUGCUAUCGGAGCUGCAUGCUGUGGUUUCAUCGCCACCCUCGGGCCUAAGACUGGUCUUCGUACAAUGGUCAUCUCACGGUACUCUGUCGGAUUCGUCGGAGCCACCAUCUUUGCCAUCUUCAACAUUUUGACACAGCUCGGAUUCUCAUGCACUGCCGUCAUCCUCGGCGGACAGACAUUGACUAAUGUGUCGAAUGGUAAACUUCCCCUUGAAGCCUCCAUCGUCCUCGUUGGCUUCACCGCUCUGAUCCUCUGCUUUGUCGGAUACAACGCCGUGCACUACUGGGAACGCUACGCUUGGAUCGUGCUCAUGGUGUUCUAUUGCUGCAUCUGGGCUCUGGCCGCAAAACAAGGCUUCGACUUCACAGCUCAGGAAGCUCUACAGCCAACCGGUCUCGCUUACGCGGGUGGCUUCUUGAGUUUCGGCGGAAUCGUCUUCUCUUCUUCGGCCGGUUGGGCUCCCAUUUGCGCCGAUUUUUGCUGUCGUCUUCCUCACAGGAUCAGCGGUGUCAAGGUCUUCUUCUUGACUUGGUUCGGACUCAUGGUCCCACUCGUCUUUCUUGAAACCAUGUCCGCCGCUUUGAUGACGGUGCCAGCGUAUGCGAAUGCCUUCGGAGCAGAUGGAGAUGUCGGUGCUGUCCUUUCCCAAGUAUUUGAGCCAUGGGGCGGCGGAGGCAAGUUCAUUCUUGUCAUCCUCGCUUUCAGUAUCAUUUGCAACUGUACACCCAACACGUAUUCCGCCGCCUUGUCGGCUCAAACCUUAUUCCCUUGGUUCGAGAAGAUCCCAAGGGCUUUAUGGUGUGUGGUCAUGUUUGUGAUUUACACCGUUGCCGCCGUCGCCGGUCGAGAACACUUCAGCACUUUGCUCUCCAACUUUUUGUCCAUCCUUGGAUAUUGGAUCGCCUUCUUCAUUGUUGUGGUGGCUGAAGAGCAUUACAUUUUCCGAUCUUGGAUCAUUGACGAAGGCUAUGAUCUGGAUGUCUACGACAGUAUCACUGAACUUCCUGUGGGAAUCGCGGGGAUCUUUGCAUGCUGCUGUGGUGCCGGACUCGCCGCGGUGUCCAUGGCUCAAGUGUGGUACAUUGGUCCUCUUGGCAAAGUGUUUGGAGAGUAUGGUGGAGAUCUAGGCUUCGAGAUGUCUGCCGCUGCGACAGCCAUUGUUUACCCACCGCUCCGAUACUUGGAAUACAGAAUCUUUGACAGGUAAAUGGCGUGGUGGAUCGUGUGGACACGCCACAGUAUGGGGUGUGAAGGAGGCGAUUAUCUUGAUCUUAAUAGUUAGUAGUCGGUGGUCCGAGAUGAAAGUGGGUCUGUCGAAGAUCGAGUCGGCAAAGCUCGCGUCUGUGCAGGAUGCAAGUAUCCCUUCCCGCGUAGAGUUUUGAGAAGCUUGCCUUGUAGACCUCGCCGAUCUAUAUCGGCGAUCUGCCGUCUUCAGCUGGGAUGGCCGCUCGAGUCCGUCGGAAACAGCCUUGAAUCGCCUGUCAUCGACCCUCUUUCGAGUGGGGGAGAAAAGCCACUCUAGGAACGAUCCUUCACGACGACCGCGACGACGUGUGAU